UAAUAUUUGGUGAUUAGUAUUAGUCAGAAAGGAUCGGGUUGGGUCGGGUCAAUACAGCUUCUUCUUCAAUUGGGUUCCUCUAUCUUCUCACUCCUCAAUCUCUCUCUCUCCAGAGCUGCAAAAUGGUAACAUCAGCAAUCUCAGCUUCUCUAAGCUUCUCUGUAUCUUCAAGCCACAACCCAUCAUCUCUUUCUCAAUGGAGCCUUAAAAAACCAAUAAUUUCUGCCCUGUCAACCCCUUAUGGUGAUUCUUCAAGAACUGGAUUAUCGAGUAGGUCGCAUGGAUUAAGGUUGAAGGUCGAUGAAAAAGAAUCCCUUGCUGUUGCUAGUCCAAGCUAUGGUCCUAUAGAAGCCAAAAAGGGGAAUCCACCCGUAAUGCCAGCUGUACUGACUCCUGGAGGACCAUUGGACCUUUCUACUGUAUUAUUCAGAAAUCGUAUAAUUUUUAUAGGACAGCCAAUCAACGCACAGGUGGCUCAAAGAGUAAUAUCACAGCUUGUAACUUUGGCUACAAUUGAUGAAAAUGCAGACAUCUUGAUGUACCUGAACUGCCCUGGUGGGAGCACCUACUCUGUCUUGGCAAUUUAUGACUGCAUGUCUUGGAUAAAACCCAAGGUUGGUACUGUAUGCUUUGGAGUGGCAGCAAGCCAAGGAGCACUUCUGCUUGCUGGUGGAGAGAAGGGGAUGCGGUACUCAAUGCCAAAUUCACGUAUUAUGAUACAUCAACCACAAAGUGGCUGUGGGGGACAUGUGGAGGAUGUGAGGCGUCAAGUGAAUGAAGCAGUUCAAACUCGCUAUAAAGUAGACAACAUGUUUGCUGCCUUUACUGGCCAACCACUCGAGAAAGUGCAGCAGUAUACUGAAAGAGAUCGCUUUCUCUCAGUUUCUGAGGCUAUGGAAUUUGGUUUAAUUGACGGAGUGCUAGAGACGGAAUAUUGAAUAUAAUCGUAUUACAGGAAGCAGAAUAUAUCUGCUACUCGUGCCUGCCAAAUUGUUGUUAAGAUGAUUUUGCAGUUAGUAUACUGUAGUUACAUGUGGCAUCCCGAACCAGUGGCUUCAAGAUUAAAAUGAACAGCCAGUUCUUCCAGGUUAAAAAGGCAAUUGUGCAUAUUCAAUCACCAGGCUGCAGGUGUAAUGUUGCAAAUGUCUUGAGAGACUUAAUACAUGUUUAACCCAAGACCAGAUGUUUAGACAUCACAUAUUUAGUUCAAUGCACAUGUAAAAAGCACCAUUUCAUUAGUCCGGUUUCAUUAUCUGUA